AUGCCUGCACAGUACUCGUCGGUUGAAACCACCAUCGCUGUGGAAGCCGAAGAUUACUACAACCAGUCACAGUUUGCUUCGUGCCUGACCCACAUGAAAAAGCUGCAUUCAAUGAGACCGACUGAUCCCAAGGUUUUAGCGAACAAGGCUCUCAUAGAAUUUAUCUACCAGAAGAAGUUGACAUGCUCAGAUGAAUACCUAGCACAGCUUCAAAAGGCCGCUACCCUUGCUGGUUCCCCUCUUCUGGUGACCGGUAGCUCAGAUGUCCGCGUUGCUGUAAGGCCAGUUGGUCCUACAGCUGAACCAUCUGUAAUUUCUAUGCAUUACAAUUAUGCUCUCGUUCUGUUCCACCAAAGACAGUAUGUGUGGGCAGAACGCAUGCUUGCCAGCCUACUCGGCAUAAUUACGGCAGAUGCUCCACCUUCUUCAAUUGAAUUUCCCUUGGGUGCGGGGGCUCUCCUUUCUCAGAGGUGCUUCCUCCUUUGGAUGGACUUGUGCUUUUGUCUUCAAAGACCUCGACGAGUCUUCGAGUUUGCCUCGUAUUGGCUGCAGCAGCUGAAUUCAGGUGAUGAAAGUGUCAGAAAGCCCGUAGAGGUAGAAGUGCUGGAUAUGCUUCGGGCGAUUGCCCGUCCUCUACGCGUUUUUCAUUUUCGAGCAUGCCUAAUGACUGGGCAGAUCAAAAUUGCUCAAGAAGCUGCCAGCCAGCUCUCUCAGUCAGAUGAUGACCUUGGUAAUAAGAGUUGGGACACUUCCAAGAGCCUUGAUUAUGCUUGCGCCCAGCUCUCGUAUCUGGAGCAAGAUCAUACCAAAACCGUUAAGCGCUUGAAUGCACUCCUUCCUACCGCAUCGACCUCAUCGUCCAUCUCCGUUGAUCAAGAACUCCCUCUGGUGUGGAACAAUCUGUCUCUCACCUACUUCCGCGCCGGCUACCUCGGCCUGGCUAUGUUGGAGGCGCGUGCUGCUCUCCGGCACACCAAAAGCUUGGCGGAUGAAGUGACUGCAGCAGCUACUGAAGUCGGGCGAUUGGUCAACUGCACGCCUCUGUACCAGUUGGGCGCGAGUCGGCACUAUGAGUUGCUCUACAACACAGGUGUCCAACUCCUCCUUGGGCAAAAAAACCUAGAAACUGCAUUCAGUGCUCUUCUUGCAGUGGUCAAAGUGUAUCCUCGCAAUCCGCGUCUGUGGCUUCGGCUUGCUGAGUGUUGUGUCAAGGUGCAUAGGCCUAAUAACCUGAUCGAAUGGAAGGCGGAGUCUCGAGCAUCUUGUCUACAACGCGUGGUGGGCGAAGGCGCUGCUCGAAAACUAAUUCUUGGAACUGAUGAGGGGUCGCAGAAACCUUCAAGAAAUGAAUUGACACCAGCAUCAGAGGCGAAUCUGAGUCUAGAAUUUGCUGCACAAUGCCUUCGAAACGCUGCUUUCCUACUUCCCAGGCCGCCGAUAGAUUUAAAUGCCUCCACUGCGUCCUCUGACCAAUUGCCUGUUGACCGACUGCGCUCUGCUCUCCUCAAUUGGGCUACAUUGCAGGCCAUCCAAGUGCCACCAUCCAGUCAACCAUUGUGCGGGAUGGCGCUGCUGCAGGUGAUCUCCGCAGUUCUCUUGACCAGUGCUUAUGUUGCGCUUUGUCUUGAGGAUCCCGUAGAAGCUAUCUACUACGCUGAACAGCUCCUCUCCGUUGGUCCUUCGUCGCCGCGACCCGUCACCGGUACCAUAGACAACACCUUCGUUUGGAUUGGUCUCAUCGCUCCACCUGCACAUCGCUACCUUGCAAAGAUGUAUCUUGCGGAGGCUCGAAUCGCCAUGGAUGAAGUCACAGAGGCCAGCAUGAGCUUGCUCUCUAAGGACUGUGUCACCUCGGUGGAACGCGCUUCUGCCCUUCCUGUACACGCUCUACGCUCCUACGCUUUUCUUCAACGCGAAUGCGCUUGCCUUUCGCCUGCCUUUCUUCUACCUCAAACACACUCGCUUUGUGGUCUUCGUACCGAUGCAGUUGCAAAUACUACCACUAGUGCAGGAACAAAGAGCUCCAACAGCGACCUGCAGCGUCUCAUCCAACUUCAUAAGGAGCAAUGCGAAGUUGAGCCUCUACUCUGUCAGUCUAUCAACCCCAAGAGCCCCGAUUUCCCUUAUUUUGUGGAUCAAGCUAUUGGAGUACUAUUGUACAACAUGGCGGUGUGUUUUGCGGUGCGUGGAGACCUAUCUAGAUCGCGGCAUCUACUGGAAAAUGCCGCACCCUCCCUUCUAGUUAACUUUCUGGACCCUGGCUCUCGCGCACCGGUUCGUCAUGGGAGCGAGGAGCACCAACGCUUGCUCUACCCAACUGACGCAACGAUAGGUGGUAUAUCGCGCCUGCUAACCACUCACCACCUCCCUAGACAGUUUUUGUUACUGUGGUUGUACCUAGAAAUGCGAGAGGAUAGGGCCUCGUCGGCGGUGAACUUCUUAAGGGCACACAUAGGCGACGUUGCGUUCAACAGCCACUUCUCUGAUAUGUCGAUGAGAGAGCUGAGUGCUGAUGGGGGAAUGUUGGGCGAGGAUGGAAUCUCGACCGUGAUGUUUGAUGAUGGUGGAGUGGAACGAUUGGAGAUGUCUACUAGGCCUUUGACCCGUCCUUUGUCGAUGGCACCAUUGAGGUCUGCCUCGUCUUCUCGUCCAAUGCCUUUGCAAAUUCAAGAUCCCCCGCCAUCAUCGUCAUCCAAAUCUGCAGCGGCUCCAUGCUGGACUGAUGCGGAUUGGCCUCCAUUGCAAGAGUGGUAG